CACAACGACUUCCUGAGAGACUACCCCACUUACAUAUCCCGCGUCUUCCGAAUUGUUACCGCAACUGACGCGUCUUAGUAGCAUAUAAACCCAAGUUUUUACUCCAAGCCUCCCCACACCCCGCCAUCACGUCAAAAUGUGCGGUAUCAUUGCUGUGAUCCACGGCGAUCCCAAGUCGCAAUCGGCUUCGGUCGAGGUGCACGAUGCCCUCUAUCUCCUCCAACAUCGCGGCCAAGAUGCUGCCGGAAUAGUCAGUUGCAGUGCAGGUGGUCGCUUCCACCAGUGCAAAGGCAACGGUAUGGCUUCGCGCGUCUUCCAGGACGGCGCACGCGUUUCUGACCUCCCCGGCUUCAUGGGCCUUGGCCACUUGCGAUACCCUACCGCCGGCAGCAGUGCGAACGCUGAGGCUCAGCCCUUCUAUGUCAACAGCCCCUACGGUAUCUGCAUGACCCACAAUGGCAACCUCAUCAACGCUCCGGCGCUGCGCCAGCGACUCGAUCACGAGGCGCACAGGCACAUCAACACCGAGAGUGAUAGUGAGCUCAUGCUCAACAUCUUCGCCGACGAGCUCAACGAGACCGGCAAGGCGCGUAUUAACGCUGACGAUUGCUUUGCGGCGCUGGAGAGGAUGUACAAGCUCUGCACUGGUGGAUGGGCCUGCACGGCCAUGCUUGCGGGAUUCGGCCUCAUCGGUUUCCGCGACCCGUACGGUAUUCGACCCAUGGUGCUCGGCUCUCGCAAGUCGCAGGACGGCAAGAGCAUGGACUACAUGAUGGCCUCAGAGAGCGUUGCGCUGGUCCAGUGCGGCUACAAGGACUUCUUCGAUAUCCUCCCCGGUCAAGCUGUUAUCAUCGAGAAGGGCAAGGAGCCCGUCUUCAGGCAGGUCGCCAAGCAAGAAGCGUAUACCCCGGAUAUCUUCGAAUACGUCUACUUCGCCCGACCUGACUCUGUCAUCGACGGCAUCGACGUGGAUGAGAGCCGACGCAACAUGGGCUUCACUCUCGCCGAGACCAUCAAGAAGCAGCUUGGUCCCAAGACCAUGGCUGAGAUCGAUGUGGUUAUGCCAAUUCCCGAGACUUCGAUCACUUCUGCGUUAUGCGUUGCUGAGGCUCUCGAAAAGCCAUACGUACAAGGUUUCGUCAAGAACCGCUACAUCUUCCGCACAUUCAUCAUGCCGUCGCAACAACUACGACAGAAGGGCGUCCGGGCAAAGCUGAAUCCUAUGAAGAAGAAGUUUGAAGGCAAGAAUGUGCUGCUGGUUGAUGACUCCAUCGUUCGGGGUACUACGUCGCGUGAGAUCGUCUUGAUGGCGCGGGAAGCGGGUGCCAAGAAGGUCUACUUUACCUCGUGUGCACCACCAAUCACCAAUGCCCACAUCUACGGUAUCGAUCUGGCCUCUUCCUCGGAACUGAUCGCUCACCACCGCGACUCAGCAGCCAUUGCUAAGCACAUUGGCGCGGACGAUGUCGUAUACCAGAAUCUCGAGGAUCUACAGAGCGCUUGCGCACGUCUCUCCCCCCGGGAUCCCGCAACGCAAAAGUUCGAAGUGGGUGUCUUCUGCGGCAAAUAUGUCACCCCGGUCGAUGCUGGCUAUUUCGAGCAUCUCGAGAGAAUCCGCGGAGAGAGCCGCAAACAAAAGGUCAUGGAGAAGGCACGAGAGGCUGUCGUACAUGGUACGGCCAAUCCUCAGCAGGUGCGCAUGGCUGCCAAAGGCGUUGAGGUUGACCAACAUGGCAACGUCAUCCCAUCGGAUGGCAAUGGGCAACCCGAUUGGCACCCAACCAACGGUGUCAGCCAGACGUCUACAAAUGAUGCCCUCGCUAACGGUAACGGGGAAGAGCGACGCGUUACCAGCAGCCAGGACAUCAGCUUACACAACAUGCACGAUUACAACUGAGCAGCUACUCAAUAGUUGUCAAGCGCUGUUUUGCUACUGCAACACGGAUGACCUUUUUUCUAUUUAGACGACGAUGAUACACACGUACCAGGAAAAGUUACGAAAGAGAUUAUAGGGAUACAGCGCGGGACUGCCAAGGCGUAGGAGGGGGUUUGUGCUCUUCAAAGACUUUCCGAAUGUAGAUCUGAGUUCUUGGAGGCCUCAAGACUAGGGUCACGCUGAGAUUGAGCACGCACCUUUGCUUAUGCUCUCUCGCUUCAGGAUACCAAUCCAACAGUCGUUUGCAUAAGCCUUUUGGCCAGGCCUGUCA